AUGUAUGCUGAUGAUGCUGGCGCGACUAGCCGAAGUCUAUCGAUGCCACUAAGUGAGGUUGGACACCGGAUCAACCAGACUCCGCUCAAUGUGCAGUGCCGACUGCGACGCGCCGGCUCACUCUGCCGGCCGACUAGUUCAAGCUGUGAUUUGGCCGAGUACUGUGAUGGCCGAAGUCAAUGGUGUCCGGCCGAUGUGUACCGUGCCGACGGCGAGCGAUGCACCACUAGCGAAGGCUAUCCGGUGGGUUGCCAAAACGCCCUGACUACAGCAAUUCUCCUUAUGCGAAGAAAAGUUGGGUUUCGAGGAAUUUCUUGUCUCGCAAUUAUUGAGCUUACUUCCAUUUCGAGUGAAAGUGUUUGGUGA